UCCCACGCUUUAGGACCGAACCAGAAGGCAACACAACACAUCCACAGUGCUGUGCCUGACCCCAGCAGCACACUCAGCCGCCACCUACCCGACGGAAUGCCUCUGUCCUCCGGCGUGUUUGACUUCGACCACAGCGCAGCGGUGCCGCGCUGGAAACCAGGCCCGACAUGACAGGCUUGGGACGGCAGAAGAAAGGCCGCCAGCAGGGGCGGCUGCCCCUCCGGCUGGAAGCCGCGCGGGCUGCGGCUCUCUACGCCGCGCUGUCCGCUCUGUGCGUGCUGUGCUACGGCAACUCUCUCCACGGGGAGCUGGUGCACGACGACGUGUGGGCUAUCGUCAACAACCCGGACGUCCGACCGGGGUCCAGCCUGCGGAACAUCUUCAGCAACGAUUUCUGGGGGAAGAGGAUGGCGGACAACACCAGCCACAAGUCCUACCGACCUCUGUGCAUCCUCACCUUCAAGUUGAACAUCCUGCUGGGUGGCAUGACGCCUCUGUAUUUCCACAUCAUCAACGUGUGUUUGCACUGCGCCGUUACCUGCCUGCUCAUGUACACAUGUGAACGAUGCGUGUUUGAGGACCCACGCCUGGCCUUCGUCACUGCUCUCCUCUUCGCUGUGCACCCUGUUCACACUGAGGCGGUGUCUGGUAUUGUUGGCAGAGCUGAUGUCUUGGCAUGUCUGCUGUUCCUGCUGACAUUCCACUUCUAUAUAAGGAGUGUUGAUGAAUGGGUCUCUGAGGACUCGUUCCCUUCAACAGUGUCCCCAGGGUCUCUGCUCAUCAGCUUGUUUCUGGGUACCUGCGCCAUGCUGGUCAAGGAAACGGGAAUCACUGUGUUUGGAGUAUGUCUGCUCUACGAUGCUCUGGUGCUCUGCCGCAAACCUCUCACACAUCGCCUUUCGGGCUCCAGACUCAGGGACUUCCCCCACUUCAGCACCCCCUUCAUUAAACGAGCUUGCCUUAUCUCUGGAUAUGUGGUGAUAAUCAUGUCAGUCAGGCUGUGGCUCAUGGGGGGAUCCAUGCCUCUUUUUUCAGAACAGGACAACCCCGUCUCCUUUUCACCUCAUCUACUCACCAGGUUUCUAACCUACUCAUACCUGCUAUCCUUCAAUGCCUGGCUGCUGCUGGCCCCCAUUGUGCUGUGCUAUGACUGGCAGGUGGGAAGCAUUCCCCUUGUGGAAUCUCUGGGUGACGUGCGGAACAUGGCCACCAUUCUCCUGGCUGUGGUGAUGAUUGCUCUCUCCAUGCACUGCCUCCUCUCACUGCAGAGGCAGGACAACAGGGAGGUUUUAGUGGGGAUGCUGUUUCUUGUGUUUCCUUUCAUCCCUGCCAGUAACCUUUUCUUCAGAGUGGGAUUUGUUGUGGCUGAGAGAGUUCUCUACAUGCCCAGUAUGGGUUAUUGUAUCCUGGUGGCUCAUGGUCUGGGCCGGCUCUGUUCAGUGGCGGGCCGUUGGGGCACCACAUUCCUCAGUGUCUGCAUGCUGCUGCUGAUACUGCUCUUCUCCUGGAAGACGGUCCAACAAAACACUGUCUGGCUCUCCAGGGAAGCCCUCUUUCGCUCUGGUAUCAAGACUCUGCCCCACAAUGCCAAAGUCCAUUACAACUAUGCCAACUUUCUGAAAGACAGCGCUCGACACCAAGAGGCUAUUUACCACUACAACAAUGCACUCAGGUUAUACCCCCGUCAUGCCAGCGCCAUGAAUAAUCUGGGAACUCUGACUCGCAGCCCUGAUGAGGCAGAGCGUUACUACAGGAAAGCGCUGGACACCAACCCUCAGCAUAACCGGGCUCUGUUUAACCUGGGAAACCUUCUCAAAUCACAAGGGAAGGAGGAAGAAGCUGAGACACUGUUAAAAGACUCCAUCCGCUAUGGUCCACACUUCGCUGACGCUUACUCCAGUUUGGCAUCUCUCUACGCUGAGCAGAAACGCUUUGCUGAGGCGAAUGAAAUGUAUUUGAAGGGCAUAGAGAACUGCCCAGACAGCUCCGACCUACAUAACAACUAUGGCGUUUUCUUGGUAGACACAGGAGAAGGGCAGCUCGCCGCCGCUCACUAUCAGGAAGCAAUACGACUCAAGCCAGCACAUUAUGUUGCUAUGGUGAACCUGGGCCGUCUUCUUCGAUCAUCAAAUGAGAAUAAGGAAGCAGAGGUUUGGUACAAGAGGGCUCUGCAGGUGACGAGGAAAGUGGAAAUCCUGACCCCCCUCGGAGCGCUGUACUACAACACAGGCCGCUACGAGGAAGCCCUGCGGGUUUACAAGGAGGCGGCUACCCUGCAGCCGGACAGCACAGACAUCUGGCUGGCUCUGGCUCAGGUUCUGGCCAUGGCUGGGCAGGGCUCCGAGGCGGAGAAGCUGACCUGGGACAUCAUCUCCAGAGAGGCCACCUGCAUCGAAUGUUACCGCCUGCUCUGUGCCAUCUACAGCAAGCGUGGCAAUUACACAGAGGCUCUGGUGGCUCUGGACAUGGCCCUGCAGCAGAAUCCCAGGGAUCUGGCAGUGAGAGCAGAGCUGCAUUUCUCCAAAGGGAACCAGCUGAGAGAGAUGAACCAGCUGGAUGAAGCCUUUGAGAGUUACAAGUUGGCUGUGGAACUGAAACCGGACCAGUCCCAGGCCUGGAUGAACAUGGGAGGCAUUCAGCACAUCAGGGGAGACUAUGCAGCUGCCAGGAUGUACUACGAGCGGGCCCUGCAUCUGAACCCUGGUUCCAAACUACUGAAGGAGAAUCUGGCAAAGCUGGACCGGCUGGAGAAGAGGCUGACAGGGGGAGCAUAACGUGGCAGACACCUCCAGUGAUGCUGAAUCGUCCUGCAGAGGUCGGCGGAGCAGGAUGCUGCCGCCCAGAGAGGCGACGCCAGCCAGGACGCUGUGUCCGUCCAUCCAACCUGUUCCCAGCCUGAGCAGCAGAGGAGGUGGGCUGACGAAGUUGCUGUGGGCAACAGAAUAAAAUGGAGAACAAAAAACCACUGGAGGCUCUGCGACCACAUCAGCUUGGCUCUUCGUGGACAUUUUUGAUCCGAUUUAAUGUUGCUUUCAUGCAGCGCGGUUUUCUAAAUGAAAAUAAUUACUAAUUGUAACUAAUAUUUAUAUUAAUGCAGCGAAAGAAUCAGAAAGUGCUUCUAUCGUGAAGGGAAUGCGUCUGAGAGUUUCUUCUCUGAAGCUCCUCCAGAGUCAAAAGGGCCUCCUGAAACCGUGCUGAUGUCAGUGACGGUCCAGGCAGAAACGUUCAGGAUCAGGCCGAACUCUUACAUUUCCUUAAAGAAGUAACUGAAACUACGACACUGAAUGCAUUAGUUCCUCUUUUCUGGUGCCAAAAAACCAAACCAGAUGAGAGCAGAGUCAUUUUGUCUUUACGUUGUGGACCAGCUUCUCUUCAAGGCAGCAAUUAGUGUGUAGACGAUAAAGUGAAAUAACACGUCAGUUCAUCCAGCUGCUGUUUUUUUUUUUUUAAGACAUAUGAAGCGGGCCUUAUUAUUUAUUAUUCUGCUCUAUAAUUGGUUCUGCUUCUGCAUUUAUUGCUUGUCUGAUGAUCACGACCUCUGAUACACAUUGAAGGUUUUUGGUCUACAAUAUACGAUAUAUCCGUCCUGGAUGGGCUUUAAUUGUACAGAUUGAAUACCAGCUGAAAGGAACAAUCAGGAUGACUGAAGUGCAGCAGGUUUCCCAUUUUUGACUUGUCUGCACCUCUUCCAAAGAGCAUCUUUACCACGGGACUGCCGGAACGCCUUUACUAAGGGUUCCUCGCCUGUUUUAAACUGUGAGUCUGCUCCUGUUGCCGAAGACACCUUUGCUGUGUCAUGGUCGGCUCCAAAAGCUACUAAUGGAGACCUUCAGGUUUGUUUUGUUGUCAGAAAAAGGAAAGCGAGGGAAUGUGAUGCAUUGCACCUCUCCACUGCUGAGUAGCAAUCAGUCCAAUAAAGGCUACAAGUGGAAAGCUCCCCUGUUUUUGUGGCUGAGGAAGUGAAAUGUUUGUAAUAAAUGCUGCACCCCUCGGAGACAAACUGACUUCCAGCCUAAGUUCCCAGAUCAUCUGCAGCUUUAAUAACAGUUCAGCUCGUGGCUUGCAUUUUAAAACCUCGAUAGUUUGCUGUUUGGAUGCUUCUCGUGUUUUUGUUGACAGUAAUUUUGUGAUAGAAUGUGGUGAUGUGAUUGUGGGAUGUAAAAAAA